GGAGGUAGCAGGAAACCAGGUGGAGGAACCAGAGCAUGGUCACUAUCCUCAUCUUCAGCCCUACCACCCACAGGUACAGCCUGUCCCCCACCACACCCACCAGGAAGGUGGGGAAGAGUAACACAGCCGAGGCUAGGGUAUCAUGACUCCCCCACCAACCACAGUGGUAAAUUCCACCAAGACACCAGAGACCAUGAAGACCCAUCACCUGGCCUCUGCCGUCUUGCUCUUCAUCACCUUCCUGGUGGAUGUGGUGGGGAACGGGAUGUUCCUGGUGCUGGGGCUGAAGAUGAGGAGGACGGUGACCACACUCUGGUUCCUCCACCUGGUCUCCUGCUACCUCCUCUUCACCCUGCUGAUCCCCUUCUUCGCUGUCUAUGUCCUCCUGGAUUUCCACUGGGUCUUUGGCAUGGUCACUUGCAAGCUUCUCAAUGCCUUUGUCUCUGUGGGCAUGUUCUCCUCCGUCUUCCUUCUCACCCUCAUCAGCCUGGACCGCUACACCCUCACUCACCACUCCAUCUGGUCCCGGAAUCACCGCACUCUGCCCCGGGCUCGGAAGCUGGCUGUGGGCGUGUGGCUGGCCUCCUUCAUUCUCAGCGCUCCCUACCUGGCUUUCCGGGAGACCCACAUGGUGGAUGGGGGCAGGAUCGCUUGUGUCAAUAAUUACACUCUCUCCGGAGACUGGAAUGGAGCCGAGACGCAGGAGCUGGGGAGACAGGUCCACCUGGCCGUUUUCAUGGUCCGGUUCCUGCUCGGCUUCCUGCUGCCUUUCUGCACCAUUGUGGGAUGCUAUGUCUGCGUGGUGCUGGAGCUGAAGGAGAAGAAGCUGGUGUGGGCAGGGAAGCCCUUCAAAGUUAUGGUGGCUGCGGUGGUUUCCUUCUUCCUUGGCUGGCUGCCCUACCACCUCUACCAUGGCUUGAAGCUCUACAAGAGGGAGGUGCCAGAGUCAAUAAUGGGCACCCUCUUGGUCAUUUACACCUUGUCAUCCUGCUUCAAUGCUUGCUUCACCCCCAUCCUCUAUCUCUUUGUGGGGGAGAAAUUCUGGCAGGUCUUCAGGAUGUCUCUUCUCACUCUGGUCAAAGCUGCUUUUGUCGAUGAUCUCGGAGGCAGUGCCCCCGAGUCUAGUGGAAGACAGGAUUCAGAAAUCAAGAACACAAAGAAGAGACUGUGUGAAGGUGCCCAGACUGAGAGAUAGUUGAAAACUUGGCAUCCCCUUUGUUCCUAGAUUCCUGCUGGUUCUGAAACCUGAUGGGUUCGAGAUAUCUCAAUGUCUAUAAAUCCCUCAGUGUCCCUGGAUUCUAGAUUCCCUGCUAUCUCUGGAAUCCCGUACGUUCUAGGUCUCUCAAUUUUUUGAAACUCAAUUUGUCAUCAAUGGCACCAGAUUGCUAGCCAGAUCCAGAAUCUUGUUUGUUUUAGAUCUCUCAAUGUGUUAUCACAAAAUUGACUCUCUUGGAUUCUGCAUCUCUGGCUGGCUCUGGAAUCUCAUUUAUUGUAGUUUUUCAAUGUGUUCAAACUCAAAUUCAAUUCAGUCUAGGUCCGUGACUGAAACUAGGACAUCACUGGAUUCUAGAGAGUUUUCAAACCACAUAGAAUCCAACAGGUUCCAGAUUGUUGCUAAAACUUUCAUCUUGGUUCUAGAUUUCCAAAUUGUUUAACAUCCAUUAGCUGUAGUAUAUUAUAGAAGAGUCCGUAUAUUAUAUUAGUGAUAUCUAGCUCUUCUCUAGUUCUUGUCGUCAGUAGAUCUCAAAGAACUUUAGCAAGGAGGUCAGUAGCAGUCUUCCAGUUUUUACAAAUGGGGAAACUGAGGCACAGAGUGGGAACGUGACUUGGCCAAGGUCACCCAGAAGUCCAGUGGCAGAACUAGCACAAACACAGGUCUCCUGCAUCCCAGCUGAGGUUUCUUUCAAUUUCAUUGCCUUAUGCAAUGAGCUCUUUGGGACUGGUUCUGUCUUUUCACUCUGUGUUUGUACAGUGCCUAGCACAGCGGGGUUAUGACCCAAUCACUGGGAUUUUCAUGUGGGGAGGCUCUGGUUUAGUUUCAGAGCGGCUGGUAAGGAAAACAUGCCAGUUAGAAUAAAGAGCUGCUCCAGAGAAAGAACCUGCCCAUGAACUGUUCAGGGUGGUGAAGAGGUAACGUCCAAGAUAAUAAGAGUGAUGCUGUAUGGAAUAUGGGUGAUCAUUCAUAAUAUUAUGGAUACAAAAUUGUAUUGAAACAUAUCAGAUAUGCCAUGUAAGCGAUCAGUGGGAAAGUUAUCAUUUGAUAAAUAUGAUCAGCUUGUUUAUGUGUAUGCAUCCUUUUAUAUUGUGAGUUGUAAAUAUGUGUGGUAUAUUUAUAUGUCAAAUCUGUGCUGUGUGUCUGCGUGACAGCCCCAGACAGAUUGCAUCAGCCCUAACCAGCCCAUUGGAUGGGCCAUCAAGCAUAGGCUGGCAAUGUUUUAUUUCGGGUCAGAUCCAAACCAGUAUUGAUCUGGGAAUGUGGCUGGCCCUAUGGUGAUAAGAAAAACAUUUUGUAAAGUGAAUAGAAUUUAAGUAACUUCUCACUUUACUGGACCUAUUUGCUGACUGGGAACCUAAGAUUGGAAUGCAAUAAAGGGGGCUGUGGGAUUUCUUUCUUUUUUCUUGGCUUCUUGAUAACCAUUCCGGUGGAUCAGGACCACAGCUUGUGGGUGGUUGGUGAAUCUAACUACAGUGUUAAUCACCAGUUUUGGGAGAAUCUACUGUCCCUUUUGCAGCCUUCCCUGACCUUGGCAUUUUCUGGGCUGCCCUCUGCAUAUCUGGUCACAGGUCACAGUAACUGUGACGAUCUCACCUGCCAGCUCCAUCUAAGUUACAAAAUCUUGGACAAGGCUGGGGGGCAGCAGAUCCAAAAGAUGAUAAAGAGUUAAAAAGAACCUCCCUGGUCGAUUCUACAUCACUGGCAAUUUUUAAAGCAGGACUGGAGGGUAUUUCUUACAGGUCUGCUCUAGUUCAACUAGGGACUAGUUCAGGGACGUUCUGCAUCAGGUCAGACAAGGGGACCACCAUGCUGCUUCUGGCCUCGGAAUCUCUGAUUCUAUCCAGAGGUCAGGAGAGGUUGUUGGGGUGCUGUACCAAUUGUCACCUGGACCCACACGGGUAUCUGAGGAAGCCAGGCUUGUGUGGGUUGCUGCUGCCAGGUGGAGGGCUGUAGGUGAGUUUAGACAUGUGCGUAGCCCCUCUGUUUAAAAAUCUUUUCAUUCCUACUGUUCAGAAAAAAACAGAAGUCUCCUUCCGGCUCGAAGGAGGCUUCCAUUUGGGGGAGGGAUAGCUCAGUGGUUUGAGUAUUGGCCUGCUAAGCCCAGGGUUGUGAGCUCAAUCCUUGAGGGGGCCAUUUAGGGAUCUGGGGCAAAAAUUGGGGAUUGGUCCUGCUUUGAGCAGGGGGUUGGGUUAGAUGUCCUCCCGAGGUCCCUUCCAACCCUGAUAUUCUAUGAUUAAGAUGGCCAGACAUGACAGAUACCACCUCUCACUGAUUCAGAAUUCAAUAGGAUCUCAUGGAUUCUAGGAAUCCUGGCCAGUUCUUAACAUCUUGGUCCCAGGUCUGUCAGUGAUUUGAACGUGAUCUGAUCUGAUGAAGGCUAGAUUUAAACAUCAUGUUUUUCAAGCCACUUUAUGUUUCAAAAGCCAAUAGGUUCCUAUGCAUUCUUGGGUUCUAGGUCUGCCAAGAUUUAAAAACCCAAAGAGAUCCUAUGUGGUCUAGAGCAUCCUAGUUUCCAACCUCAUAUAUGAUAUCCUAGACCACAUAGGACCAGUUUGGGUUUAAAAUUUUUUGUCUGAGCAAGAACCCAAAAGGUUCAAGAAUCACUCAAAUGUCUAGAACUCUUGGGAUACUAUUGUGUUUUUAAAUGUGUGUGUGUAUGUGUAUACAUAUACAUACAUGUGUGUGUAUAUAUAUAUAAUAUACAGAUAAACGAUAACACAUUAGUUCUAGAUAUUUCCUAGUUUGUAAACCUCUUGAGUUCUAGGUAUGACAAUGUCUUGAAACCCAAUCAGAUCUGACAUGGUCUAGUACCUGAAGGGUUCAAAGCACAAGAAAUCAUGUUCUGACUUGAGACACUUUCUUACAGGCCUGAUGUUCAGCUCCUUCUUUUGGAAAAUCAAGACUCUUUAAGAGUGCUCAUUAGAGAAACCCUCCAAAAAUACAGCCGUAAAAAUAAUCACAGAUUAUUUUGGAAUAGGGCAUGGAGUGAACAGGCCAGAUCGUCAGCUAGUGUAAAUCAUUGUAACUCUGUUGACUUCACUUCAGUUUUCUUGGGCUCUUCUCCUGCCACUGGGAGAUGAGUUGGGUCUAGCAGGUUAGCGUUGUGAGGCUAGGAGCUAGGACUCCUGGGUUCAAACCCAGCUCUAUGAGGAAAUGGUGUUUAGCAGUUACAGUAGACACCAAAACGUUUAAUGAAUUAGUGUCAAAUUGUUUUGCUCAACCACCAAAAAACUGACAUUUUCAAUAUAAAACAUUUCAAUUUUCUCAUUCAAAACAGUUUUGCUUGAUGUUCUUUAAAUUAGUUUAUCAAUUUAAAAUGUGUAAAAACCAAGCUCAGGAAAAAAACCCCAUCUUGUUCGUACUAAAACAAUCUCCACUCCCCCCCCUCUUCUAUAGAUAAUAAUAAUAAUAAUUUGGCAUCAUUCCAAAUGAGUCAUUCACCACCCUUGACGCCUCAGUUGUUCAAAAGAACCAGAGACCAAAAUCAUCGGUUAUUGCCACAAGACUUACAUGCCAUCUGUGGUCCCAAUUCAGCCCUGUUGUGGCUGAAGACACCAGAUCAAAGGUGAUAAUAGGGAUGAGAACACAAACAUCUCCAUAUUUAGAUCAAAACAGCAGUGGCUGUGUCUCUAAUCCCCCCUGUGUUAACUCAGCGUGGGUGUUACCCUCAAUUUCUGGUGGAAGACGUACCUCGCAGAGGAGUGAACUGCUAUUAAACACAGGUGCAAACAGCUUGAGGAGUGGACUCACUUUUGCACUAUGACCGCAUGGCCCCUCGAUCCCAUUGCGUAGCUGAGCUCAGGGGCCAUCCAGGCUUGACAUUUCCCAAAGUUCGGCCUCUUUGUUAUUUCCCCUCACUCUGCACUGAGAACAUUAUAACCAUCUGAAAAUGUUCAAUCAGCACGUGGAUGGGGAGGGUAUCACCGGAACCUCUGGACCAAAUGACCUCAAAUUUGAACCACAAACCCCACCCCGCCUCCAUUGCUCAGUGCCGGUUUCAGGGCAGUUUCAUGGGGAAGUCAGUGAAAUGUGUGAGUAUUAACAGCAGCUCAUCUUCAGGGGGCUGCAUCUCUUGACGUCUGCAAUCAAACAACCGCCCUUUGCUCCAGCAGACUCCAGCAGAGCCCCUGCGGCUUGGUGCCACUUUUCAAGUCAAUGCGAGUCUGCAACUGGUUUUCAGAGCGGUGUGAAGAUUUUAAGAACGGCUUCUUUUCAUGUGGUUUUAACUGAGGGCCCCGGAUCACGACUCUCUGAACCUGACCCGCUCACUCUGCCACCGGCCUUGCUCAGAGAUGGCCAAUUUCAAGGCAAGCCGAGCGGCCACGUGGAUUUCAGAGCACUUGGACUCGUCGGCUCUGACAGGAAGAGGUUUCUCUGCAGGCCCGGCGGCAGGAAUGCCCUUAGCAGAUCUGCUGUGGGAGGACUUGGGCUCCUAGGCCUUGGGCAGAUCUGAGCUCAGGGUCUGCAGCACCUGGUUGCAAGCAGCCCCCUGAAUCCAACAGCCCUGUCCUCUCUGCACACUCAUGUCCAACCCUGGGGCAUCAGCCCGGCCACACAUGCCAGCCACCUCAGCCGCAUCUCUGGGGGGUGGGCCUCUUUGAGAGCCCUGUUAAAGCUCUAUUCCCUUUGGACACGUGAUUCCCUCCAAGGGGCGAUGGGUGGCAUUGGUAUUUUCCCAGGGGGUACCACUGGACCCCACAUUUCUGUGCAUACCUGGCCCUCUGUGCCUAACCGGUCUAAGGAGCCCAACUGGGCAGUAGCGGAUUAUCCAAUGGGCUGACGGGGACUGAGCCCAGGGGCUCUGAACAAUUGGGGGCCCCUGGAAAAAUGAAUGCUACACCCCAGCAGAAAUCCCAAAGCCCUGGAAGAAGCACAGGGUGGGCAAGGUGGGGGAAACACCCGUGGCCCGACACCACUCCCCGGCAGAAGCGCCGGGCAGGGUGGGGAAAGAUCCAAUGCCCAGACCCCCGCUGCAGCCCUUGGACUGCAGGGCUCUUGCUCCCUGUCGAGGACUCAGCUUUAGUGGUUAGAGCAGGGGAGGGGUGACUCAGGAAAUCUGGGUUCAAGCCUCAGAUGUGGGAGGGGAGUGGGGUCUAGUGGAUUAGAGAAGCUGGGGGGCUGGGAAC